GCAGUGCUUGUCAUUCACUAGAACAGAAAACCCAGGGCUAGGGCCACUUCCUGUAGGUAAAAGAUUGACACAGUAGAAGCAAUCAAAACAGAAAGGCAAAAAACUGUUGCAUGUUACUUACAGGCCGAGCAACAGUAAGGUACGGCAUCCACAGAAACUUCAUCGUUUCAAGGAAUGUAAUGGAAAUGAGCAGGACAAUCACUUUAUUGUUCUUGGCCUCACAAGUGUCCUUCACAGAGGCCUCGUCUGCAAGUGACCCAACAUAUUGCUAUGUUUUAGAUGUUCUGCUGCUGCUGUAUUCUAUCCUUUUUACUGCUCUCUACUUCAGAGAGAAGUUUACAAAGGAAGGGCCUGUUCCUCCAGAUCCUGCAUCGCCGGAACGUAACCCCAAUGAGCCUGUCUAUACAGCCUUGGAUCUGCCUCAGACGAGUUCCGAUUAUCAGCAACUGGAUAGACCGAUCAGAAGACGAGAGCCAGAGACACAUUAUCAGGAACUGAGAGCACAUACAAGUGACGAAUACCAGGAAAUACGAACUAAGGGGAAAAAACCUCGCAAAGCAAAGGGCCAAUCUAACGAGGGUCGAACAGGGAAAAGCAGGGAUGCAGCUGAGGCUGUGGAGAUGGAAACUCUUCCCACUGCAAUUAACAAUUAACACAAUUAGCACAAGCACAGGAGCAACUUGUAUCUGCCAACUAACAGACAAAUUCUAUAUCUUUGUUGGAUGCAUUUUUAUGUCUUUUUUUGUAUUUGUUACUUUGGCUAAUCUGUAUUCUGUAGUCUUGCAUACACUACCAUUCAAUGGUUUGGUGUAGGUAGGAUUUUUCAUUUGAAAAAAAAAAAAAAAUUAAUACUACUAUUUAGAAAGGAUGCAUGAAUUUGAUCAAAAGUGUCAGUAAAGGAAUGUUUAAAAUGUUAAAAACGUCCUUCAAAUAAAUGCUGUUCUUUUGAACUUUCUAUUCAAAGAAUCCAGAAUAAAAAUGAUCAUGGUUUUCAUAAAGAUAUUAAGCAGCACAACUGCUUCCAACAUCAUAUAUAUAUAUAUAUAUAUAUAUAUAUAUAUAUUUUUUUUUUUUUUUUUUUAUAACCAGAUCAACACAUUAGAAUAAAUUCUGAAGGAUCAUGUGACACUGAAUUCUGAAGUAAUGACUGUCAAAAUUCAGUUUUGCCAUAACAGGACUAAACAAUAUUUUAAUAUAUAUUAAAAUAGACAAGUUAUUGUAAAAUUGUAUUAUUGUUGUACAGUAUAACUGUUUUGCUCUAUUCUAAUUAAAUGCCUUGGGGAGCAUAAGAGCCUUUUCAAAAACAUUAAUAAUCUUGCAGACCCCAAACUUUUGAUCAGUAGUGUGUGUUAUGUAUGUACAGAUGGAGAGGUAGUGCUGUUAUUUUCUACAUAUUUUAUACAUAAAAGUGCAUAUUUUGUGUGUACUG